UCCCUCCCCAUCCCUGAUUAGAUAUACUGAUUCCUCCUUUCAAUGGACGUCAUUUAAGCGUAGACUCCUGCCUUGAGUUGCGUCCUCUGCUUCACGCCAGAUUUCCGACCAUUCUUUCCUUAUUAUUUAGGAUUCCUGUAAUAUUAAUGGUCACGAAUGCGUUCCAUUAGGAGUCCAAGAGGGAGAAGCGGCUCUUUUGGCUAAUAUGAGCUCAAGCGAGGGGACGGUAGCACUGUGAUAGAAGCCGGGGGAACGCAGAGAAGAGAGGGGCUGCCAAGAGAAACUUUUUUAGCCCAAAUCCACCAGCAGCGCCGCGUCUUUUUAUUAUUUUUUUUAUUAUUUUUUUAUUUUUACACCCCUCCUGAUUUUGUAGACGCAAAUGAGGGGCGCCUCGGAUCUUACCUUUUACUUCUGAUGGAUUAUCGUCCUGCUGUUGAGGCACAUAUCUGAUCUCCGGGGCCAUCGCGAUCGUGCAGGAGAGAAGAGUCUUCUCGGGGGGCUUUUUUCUCCUUUCUUUUGCUGGCUGAUUUUGCCCCGCGAAGUCCGUGUUUUUGACCUGAUUGCUGCUGGGUUUUUCUCUUUCUGUUGAGGCGCACCAAAAAAACCCUUACAGAUGUUAGUGCACAGUUUUUCCGCGAUGGACCGUCACGACGGCACCAGCAAUGGGACAGCCAGGCUACCUCAGCUGGGCGGCGUGGGCCAGAGUCCGUACACGAGCGCCCCUCCACUCUCCCACACGCCGAACUCAGACUUCCAGCCCCCGUACUUCCCACCGCCCUACCAGCCCAUCUACCCGCAGUCUCAGGACCCGUACUCGCACGUCAACGACCCUUACUCCCUGAACUCCCUGCACGCCCAGCCGCAGUCGCAGCACCCGGGCUGGCCGGGGCAGAGGCAGGGCCAGGAGAGCGGCCUGCUGCACCAGCACCGCAGCCUGCCACACCAGUUGUGCCGGGAGUACCGCAGGGAAGUGCUUCUACCGUCCGGCCACGGCAUCGAUACAGGACUGUCGGACUCUAUCCAAAUCCAUGGAAUACCUCACCCUUUAGAUGACGUUCAGCCUGAGGAUCAAGGAAUUCACAUUCCAGACCAGACUGUAAUUAAAAAAGGUCCAGUGUCUUUAUCCAAGAACAACAGCGUCUCCGCCAUCCCCGUAAAUAAGGAUGGUCUUUUCGGAGGAGUGGUUAACCCAAACGAGGUGUUCUGUUCGGUUCCGGGUCGCCUGUCUCUCCUCAGCUCCACAUCAAAAUACAAGGUCACGGUGGCUGAGGUGCAGAGACGCCUUUCGCCGCCGGAAUGCCUCAACGCCUCACUGCUGGGCGGGGUGCUGAGGAGGGCCAAAUCCAAGAACGGAGGAAGAUCCUUAAGAGAGAAGCUGGAUAAAAUCGGCUUGAAUUUACCUGCAGGCAGACGCAAGGCGGCCAACGUCACCUUACUGACGUCACUAGUCGAGGGAGAAGCGGUGCACCUUGCCAGGGAUUUCGGUUAUGUAUGCGAGACCGAGUUUCCAGCCAAGGCAGUAGCCGAAUAUGUAAACCGUCAGCAUUCUGACCCAAACGAGCAAGUCCAAAGAAAAAACAUGCUAUUGGCCACAAAACAAGUGUGCAAAGAGUUCACAGACCUGCUGUCCCAGGAUCGCUCGCCGCUGGGAAACUCACGGCCACAGCCCAUUCUUGAACCGGGAAUCCAAAGCUGCUUGACCCACUUCAGUCUAAUCUCGCACGGUUUUGGGACCCCUGCACUGUGCGCGGCCGUCACGGCCCUUCAGAACUAUCUAACCGAGGCGAUCAAAGCCAUGGACAAAAUGUACCUCAACAACAACCCCAAUAGUCACUCAGAUAACGGCACUAAAGGUGGAGACAAAGACGAGAAGCACAGAAAGUGAUGUUUGCAUUUCACCUUCAACGAGGCUCAAACCCCCUUUUCUGCAGCCGCCUCGCCCUCCCCAAAACCCCCAAUCUUCCAGUAUAAAUAUUAUAAAUACCCUAUAAAUAUUAUUGAUAAAGUCAAACGUGCCACUUCCUGAUCUUACGCCGGGUUUACGUGAUUUGUUUGUACAUCCCACUUCGGAGACAAGAGGAAAGGACGCAAGAAUCCUCUUCUUCCAACACCUGAAUCAUACAAGACAUUGUUUUAAAAAAUACAAAAGAAAAAAAAAGAAGAAAAAAUACGGCUGCAGAGGAGCAGCUCUAGGUAAAGGUGUACUGCCUCACCCAGAGGACUUUUUAUGAACUCCCCCUUAUUUUUUAUGAGCUGCAACGAAUGGACUGAAAUCCAGCGACCCUUCUAUUUCUCAAUUUUACGAUUGUGGCAAAAAAGAAGCUAAAAGUGGAUGAAUUCUUAUCAGUAUUGUGAGUAAUAAACUUAAAAAAAGAAAGAAAGACAACGAAAAAUUCCGGAUAUCCAUGCCAUGACUUCAGUUGUAGACUCUCUCCAAGCGACCAACUUGAACUUUUUUUGAAUUUCAACACGAUUCGCGGUUAUAUAAGGGAAUCAGUGUUCAUGUAUGUAUAUAUUUAUUUAUGUGUAAUUUAAUGGGAAUUGUAAAUAUGGUGCGUCUGUUGAAACUUUUUUUUUUAUUUAUCUGGUGCCUCCUGUUUUAGUGGGUUUGAAUAUUCGGUUAGUUCUUCACGUGGUUUUAUGGUUCUAGAAAACAUGAGUUUUUGGGGUCUUUUAUUUCUCUGGGAUAUUUCCAAUUAAGCCCUCUUGUAGCAUGUUGACGCAACACUGAAGCAAGUGAACAAAAUUGAAUAGAAAUAAACUCCAGUUUCUCUCUCUAUAUAUAACAUCCUAUUCUGUUAUUUUUAUUAUUUGAUAUGAGACAGAGCAUAAGUGACACCCUGAGAAGAUUUUGUUUUGUGUCUAUUUUUUAUACAAGCUUAUAUGUGUUGUGCCAAUCAGAAAACCUCUUGUCCUCUCCUUGAAGCACCAUAAAAGCAAUAAAUGGAAUAUUGUCUUUUUUUUCUCUCUCAAUGUUCGAAAACAUUUAGAAACAUUUUUUGGGACCACCUGAUAUCUCGUUUUGUCCGAUUAUGUCCAAAAAUUGGAGGCGGUUUUAGCUGUAUUGUAUAGACAUGUGCUGGCAAUAGUUCCUAUGCCUGUCAAUGUAUUAUAGUCCUUUGUUGCCCAGAAAAAAAUAAAUAUUUGAUACGCUUCA